AUGGGAGUGAUCGUCAUUGCGCUAAUUCCCAGGGUGGUUGUGAGGAUCAAAAGAGAUUCUAUUUACAAAGCAUUGAGCACGGUAAUACAACUAUUAAAGUCAAAAUACCAAUACAAAGAAGGAGAAGCUGAUAUCAUCUCUGAAAAAGUCCAAGUUAAAAUCAGCCGAGAGUGCUACAGACAGUCCAAAAUGAACAUUACUGAUCUAAGGAUUUCACAUUGGGAAGAAGCUAUUCAAGAAAUAAAAGGUGAAACAGCCAAUAGGGAAUUAGCUAAGGAGUGUUAUUUCCUGUGGAAAUCUACACGUCUACAGCACAUAACUUUAUCAGAAGAUGUAAAAAAUAUGUUGACUGAACUUCGAAAGGAGGUCCUCCUCCUCCUUUUGACUAAUGGUGACACACAGACACAGAGGGAGAAGAUUGAGGCUUGUGCCUGUCAGCCAUAUUUUGAUGCAAUUGUUGUAGGUGGAGAGCAAAAGGAGGAAAAACCAGCACCAUCUAUAUUUUAUUACUGCUGUAAUCUCCUUGGGGUGCAGCCAGGAGACUGUGUGAUGGUUGGGGAUACUCUAGAAACAGAUAUCCAAGGAGGUCUUAAUGCUGGCUUGAAAGCAACAAUCUGGAUAAAUAAAAAUGGAAUUGUGCCCCAGAAACAGUCCCCAGUACCUCACUAUGUCAUUUCUUCUGUGCUAGAGUUACGUGCUAUCUUACAGAACAUAGAUUAUGUACCCAGUGUGUCAGCUUAACAAGCACCAAAAGAGACAUUAAGAAUUUCUGGGUCAGAUCUUAAGUUUCUGCUGGAAAUGAAUUAAAGAUAUAUAAUUUAUUUUAGUCUUCUAAGUUCCAAAUCAAGAACAUUUAUAAUUCUAGUAAUUUAUAAAAAGUCACAUAUCCCUUAAUUUAGACCAGAAAACUUGAAACUUAUUACAGGUUUGAGGAAAAUUUUGGUGGAUAUAUGGUUUGAAAUAUUCCUUUAUACAAUAUCAAGAGAAUCAUUGGGAGAAUUUUCCCCAAAAAUUUUGUAUCAUGAACUCUUUCUGUUAAUUAAAAAUAGGUAUUGAUUCUGAAAUUUAGAUUUGUAGAAAAUAUUUGUCAGGAAAUACUGAUCCUGAAUAGUAAGUGUAAGCUAACACUCUUCAAGGCAAUAUUUUAGUUAAGAUUAUAUUAGCACUUUGCCUUACAUAAAUCAAAACAUUUAAUUGAUAAUAAUACGUUUAUAUGAUUUGCUUGAGAAUGUUUUUUAAAGCACUAUGGUUUUUCCCUCAUUAAAAAUGUAAUCUCUAACAUGAAUAUUUUAAAAAUAUGUCUCGUGUUACUCUGCUGACAAAAAAGAUUCAGUUUUUUUCCCCACACACAACAUGAAAUUUUAGCAUUAACUCCUACAGGUAGAGGGCCUUUAAUACCAGUCACGUCUUUUCCCAUGAUAUUUAUUCCCAGGUGAAUUGCAACUUCAGAAAAUCUGUACAUCACAGGAAAAUGUCUUAUUUAUCUUGCUCAGGUGCUAAUUUGGGUUGAGGGAACACUUACAUGAUCAGGACAAGUGCAUGCCAUAACAUAACCAAAGCUAUUUUCUUUCUGUUUUCUUGGGGCAACUUUUGGAAGGAUGAAGCUGCCACUGUAUAGAAACAAGUUUGUUUGCAAGUAGCUCUUCUCACCCUUAAAAUGAUUUUAGUAUAAGUGUCCGACUUAUUUCCCUCUCUAUCCUGAUAUUUUUGCAGAUAAAAACAAAUAAAUGAUUAUAUUUUUACUCUUAUCCAAUUACACAAUGUUGGUUUUCUACAAUUUGUUAACUAUAUGAUUGGACAAAGUCCCUUCUAUGUAUCUGAAUUUUACUGUACACAUGUGUAAAAUGAGCGAGUUAAAUUAGAUAGUCUCUAAGGUCCCUCUUUACCUCUAAAUCUGGUAAGCUGGGAAAUAAACAUCAUGAAUUAUAUGAAUGGUGCUACUUGCAGAAAUUGGAGAUUUACAGUGGACUCCUGAUCAUACUGUAUGGUCUCAAAACUAGGAGAGAUUAGAAAUCUAGCUCAAGGCCUUCAUUUUAAAAAGGAGAAAAUAAGUCCAGGGAGCCUAAGCAAUUUGUUUUAAUUCUUACUUCUGAAAAUUUACCUGAUCACAUGGUAAAUUUACAUGACCCCGGUUAAUAAAUUUGAAUGCGAAUCAGAUUAAGUCAUCAAUAAAUUCUAGAUUGAACUGUGUCAGUCCUGUGAAGCCUUUCCUAUACCCUUUCCCUAUCUGCCAAAAAUAUUGUUUUACCUUUGUGUCUCCAGAGCUUAGUAGUGUCUUGCACAUUUUGGGGUGAGAGGAUGGUGGAUUGUGGUAGGGAUUUGUGAUUCUAAUGCACAUCUACAACUUUAACUUUAGUGUAAAGGUUGCCUCCAGUAAGAAGUUAAAUGAUUUAUCUAGAAUCACAAAAUUAGAAUGUUAGAUGCUAAAUCUGUGAUUCUAGGUUGGCCCUCCAUCCUCUAUAUGAUGUUGAUAUAGGGUAAAAUAUGGGCUACGUCCCUGGAGGGCCUCAGGGUCAGCCAGAGUCAGAAUAAAUCAAAGUCCUUGGUCUUUAGGGGAAGAAGUGAAAGA